AUGAAACGUCAGGCAUAUAACCCUAAGGGCAUUCUUGACAUCGUUAAGGUCCUCAGCAAAACGAUGGCAGGAGAAGCACCCGGUCCUGGAGGUUGUCUAAAAUUCCCAGCAUGCGUACUUGCACAGGCUAGAAGAAGAAAACGACAUGCCGAGCGCAUGGAACAGUACCAUAAGCAAGUGGCUUCGCUCAAACAAGCCCAUGAAGAAAAGAUGGAGCAGCAUAUUCGCCAAAAGCGACAAUUCUUUUCUCCUGAUGCCAAUACAAAUUGCUCGCCGUGCCCGGCUUGGGUGACCGUUGCGUUAGCCAGCAGGAAGAAGAGAUCUACCAAUUCGUCAGAAGAGCACGAUGAACCACGAAUGAGUCUUUCUGAAGCAAUAGCUGACAUCCGAAAGAAGGGAGGAUACAAGUUAGGAUUUGAUGUAGGUUAUUUUGGUUCCGACACCAACAACUGA